AUGGUCGUGGUGGAGCUUCUAGCUCUGGGUACUAAUAGAUACAUCCCGCAUGGUCGUGGUGGAGCUCUAGCUCUGGGUACUAAUGAGAACAUCCCGCUAUGGUCGUGGUGGGCUCUAGCUCUGGGACCACCUGGUCUACUGGAACAUGGUGAAGGGUCCACCGCUCUAACUGGCACACAUAGUGAGGGUCCACCUGGUCUACUGAACAUUGAUGAGAGGGACCGCCAUGGUCUACUGCAGAACAUGGCUGAAGGGUCCAACCUGGUCAACUGGAACAAGGCAGAGGACGGUCCCACCUGCGUUACUGGACAACAUGGACCACCUGGUCUACUGGAACAUGGUGAAGGGUCCACCGCUCUAACUGGCACACAUAGUGAGGGUCCACCUGGUCUACUGAACAUUGAUGAGAGGGACCGCCAUGGUCUACUGCAGAACAUGGCUGAAGGGUCCAACCUGGUCAACUGGAACAAGGCAGAGGACGGUCCCACCUGCGUUACUGGACAACAUGAACAAAAUAGGACACAGUGUAAGUCGUCAGUGGCCUUUAUAACCUCACAACAAGACAAGAUACAGUGUAAGUCGUCAGUGGCCUUUAUAACCUCACAACAACAACAACAAGACGAGGACAACAUCUACCUCAGUGUUUAUCAUAUAGGAAAACCAGUUUUCCUGCCACAUUGGAGUGUUUUUCUCGUGUGUCACUGUAAGAAAACAAUGUCCGCUCUUGGAGGAGGAUCAAGCGGAAGGCAGAGUCUGGCUCCGAGCCGCACCACCGUCUAUGUCUCCAAUUUGCCCUUCAGUCUCACUAACACAGAUCUAUAUCAAAUUUUUGAAAAGUUUGGAAAACUUGUUAGAGUGACAGUACUGAGAGAUAAGAGCACUAGAAAGAGCCGUGGUGUUGCCUUCAUGUUGUACCUGACGCGUGAUGAUGCUCAAGCGUGUGUGAGAGGGACAGAUGGCUGUGAAAUGUUUGGUCGCACCUUGAAGGCCAGCAUUGCCAAGGACAAUGGACGAGCUCCUGAAUUUAUCAGAAGACGAGAGUAUCCUGAUAAGUCUAGAUGUUACGAGUGUGGCGAAGCCGGUCACUUAAGUUAUUCUUGCCCGAAGAACAUCCUGGGAGAUAGAGAACCAGUGAAGAAAAAAUCCAAAAAGAGAAGACAAGUAUUUUCUGAGAGCUCACAAAAGUCCCGGAGAUUACCAGGUAGUGAUGACGAUGGUGAGGAAGAUGAUGACGAGGUCAACUUUGAAGAUGAAUCUUUAAGUGAAGCUAUAAGAUAUCAGCAAGAGUUGCACGAGGCCGAGGUGUUUACUAAGAGGUUGUCAAGUGGGGAACACUUGAAGAGUGAGCCAACAACAACAGCAACACACAGAACUAAGAUCAAACAGUCGUCUUACUUCAGCGAUGAAGAGGAAUUUAGUGACAGCUAAAUCACCUAAAACCAUUACCCAAGUGCAUACUCUAGUGACUUGCUUUUGCUGUUUAUUGAUCUAUGUGUUGAACUGUAUAAUUCACUGAUUUAUUGUGUUAAAUACUGAAAUUGAUUUAUUACUGAAUAAAUUAUGCAUCUGA